GUAACUAGAACAGAUGCCUAAACAUACAAUCUGCAUUCAGCGUGUGCAGCAUCAUAGUGAAUAAUACCUUUGGGGCAUCCCUAGGUGCCGGUGCUCUACCUCUUUUUUGUUGUGCUUCAGAUCUGAGCCAGUAAGUUCUGUAAUUCCAUCCUAAGCAGGAAGUUCUGCAGCCAGCUGUUUACAUUUGCAGCCCGGUCUCCUCCUCUUUUUCAGCCCCAGACCUGGUUCACUUUGAAAACUGCAUUCCCUGCACCCUGCGUGAGCCAACAGCCCUGGGCAAAGAAGUUGAAAAGGCUUUAGAAUAUUGAUUCAAAAUGGAACAGAUAGAGGUUUCUGAUGAUUCCUGGCCGUGGUUUUCAUGGAUUUCUUCAUCUCUCAUCGUCUUCGGUGGUGUGGUCCCAUAUAUCCCACAGUAUCAAGAGAUUAAAAGGACUUCCAACCCUGAUGGAUUUUCUACUUGGGUAUGUUUGGUCUUGCUGGUGGCUAAUAUCCUCAGGAUAUUUUUUUGGUUUGGGAAGUUUUUUGAAUUCCCCCUCCUAUUGCAGAGUAUCAUGAUGAUCCUCACUAUGUUAACCAUGCUGCACUUGUGUUGCUCACUAAAGACUAUGAACAGAGUUUCCACUAAGAAGCAUUGCUUUACUGAUUUUGAAGCUGCAUACUUUUGGAAGUGGAGUCGAUUUGAAGAUUAUCUCCAAUUUUGCCUGUGCCUGACCAUCAUUGCUGCCCUGGUGACCUUUGUUUUUCUGGAUGUCUUGGUGUUUGUGGAAGGAAUGGGGCUACUGGCUCUACUCACUGAGGCUAUGCUGGGGAUGCCCCAACUUCUGAGGAAUUAUAAGAACAGAUCCACACACGGAAUGAGUGUGACGAUGGUCUUGCUGUGGACAACGGGGGACUGUUUUAAAACUGCCUAUUUUAUUAUUAAAGAAACUCCUGCUCAGUUCUGGCUUUGUGGAACAAUACAAAUAUGUAUAGACAUUGCUAUACUUCUGCAGGUGCACUACUAUAAUAAGGAGCAUUCCAAGCAUGGAUAAUGGAGAUGACCUUCACAAAAACCUGGUGCCAUGGUUACUGAAUUACCAUUUUGGAUAUACAAAGUAUAUGUUGUUCAUUGUGGGGUAUUUUAUUGCUUAGGUUUUUUGAAUCGGUCAAUGUACCAAGCUGCGUGUUACUAAAAAUUUUUAAGACUCCUUUUGAUCCUUUUAAAUAAUAUAUAGAUGUGCAGGCACAGUGGGUCAAGGAAAUGUGGAGGCUACAUACUGAUUCCAAGUUUGCACUGGUGUCCUUUGCCUUAAAUAUGUAUUUGUAAAUAUAAGAGGGGAUACUUUUUACCCAUACGGGGAUCUGAGAAUAAAGCCCAGACUGCUCCCCACAGGCACAUUAUAGGUCUAUGGCAGCUUGCAGCGAUCCCUCUGGCAAUUACUAUAAUAUCCAGAUUGCUAGUCUGGGCCUGCUUGUAUCUCCUACAUGAAAAAUUGGGUAGAGGUGAUUCUCCUGAUGUUACAUAAAAUAUAUAUACUAAAUAGAGAUUCUCUUAAUAUAAAUAUAUUUAUAUAUACCGGUAUAUAUAUAUUUUUUAAAUAUUUAUAAACAUUGUGGUAUUGCAAGUAGCUGCAAUGCAGUGCUAAGUGGAGAGCUGACAUAUUUUAAUAAAGAAAUGUAAUUAACAAAUUAUCGUGAAAAAUAGCCAAAUACAUUUUUAGGUGCUUUAACUGUAGAACCUAUAUCGCUACUAUGGAAUUUCCUUGUCCAGGUUUUUUUUACUCAAGGUAGCAAGACAGAGUUCUGUUCAUUAAGCCCUUGGUAAAUUAAGUCUCAGUAGUGAAGAUAUUGUUGGUACUGAAGGAGAACAGCAUAUGAGAACACAUAUGUGAGUAGUACACAGUAAUAUAUAUAUAUUAUAUAUAUAUACAGUACAUUGUUAUUUUGUAUUUCAUUAUUUCUUUAGACUUUACUUAGGGUAUGUUUUUAGCUGUGCGCUCUGACUCAUUCUGCUUCACUCCCUCCUUCCAGUUCUUCCCCAGAUGGCAGCUUGUGGGAUAGAAGCGAUUUGCGCCAAAAACCAAAGAAAACAUCUUAGGAGACAAAUGUCACAGCAGAAAAUGGCAAAGUGAAUAGCAAUCAGUUCAACUGAGUUGCAGGGUUCGGGGUUAAUUAGAGCCUAUUGGCCAAAUAUAUACAGAAACUGUGUUUUAUUCUAGGGCAGUGCAAUAGUUGACACUAGCGGCAAAAUGUAUUAAAAAAUAAAUUUGUUAUUUCUAUAAAACCUUGACCUGGGACAACAGAAUAGAAUGAAAAUAAACCGAAGGCAUACAUUUAUUUGUGUUCUGUUGCUGCAUUCUGUUUUAAUAUGAAUACAUUGUGCUGUUUUCUGAGAACUUUCCCCAACAACCACAAUAUCAUUACUUAAUGAGAUUAACUGCCCUGGCAGUGAUGCAUUUGUAUAUAUAAAGAAUCUGCCCCCAUAGCUCUAUUUGAUUGUAAAAUACUAUAAUUUAGCAUUUUAUGCUUUUGACAUUUUUUACGCAAAACAAGCAAUUAGUACAUUUGUUUCCCAGCACUUUUAUUUUGUAUUACCAAUGCCUCUUGUCUGCCACAGGAUAACAAAGGAUUUAAUCAGUCAGUUUGUUAGAUACACCUCAGUAAUUAUAAUCUUUUACCUUGAACCCCUAGGCGGCACUGCCCUUUACCAAAAACACACCAAUCCCUACACUAUUCUAGUAAGAGCGGCUCAUCUGUCCCAGCAAUCCCUUAAGGCCAGUCUAGGCUAUGCACAGUAGAGUAAAAUUGCAACCUAUAUGUAAAAAGCUGCACAGACCAGGGCCACAGCAAAGAUCCGCAGGACAAGAAGAAGCUUACAAUAGUACCCCAGUUAAUAGGAGCCCUGGGCAAAGUUGUGCAUUCAUCUCCCUGUGUUAGAUAAAGGCAAAAUGGAUGAUAUAGCUCUGGCAGCCUUAAUUCCAACUGGUGUAUCUCCUAACAUCUGUACAACAUGGUUUUUCCAAAUAUUGCUGGACUACCAGUCCCAGCAUUCUGCCAUGUACUGCAAAUUAUCAAAGGUAACAGCAUCAUGGGAGCUCUAGUCCAGCAGCCAUAGAGAUGGAUUAUUAAAGCAAUACUACAUAAUAAAUCUUCCCUCCAGGGCCAGUGGCCCAGUUGCUGCAAGGUGGUCUUUCAGAGAAUCCUUCCUCUUCUGUUUGCACUUGACUCUUUGUGCACCCCUCAAAAUGCAGCACCAUGCUCCUGCCAUUUGACAGAACCCCAUGCUUGACAGCGAUUCAUAUUCUUUUUGAAUGGAAUGGACAGUUUUGAGCACAUUGUACCCCUGUGCACAGGCAACAAAGGAGACCUGUGUUACAUUACAAAAUGUAUGUCUCCUUAAAAGUGCAUUAACAUCUGGAGACUCACGAGAUUGCUAUCUUCAUACUACAGUAUGUUAUUGGCAACUAAAUGUAAUAUUAUCUAUGUCUAAGUGAUAAUUAGUGUUUUCUCUUGACCCAGAGGCAACAAGCAGUGAUCAUGUGAUAGUCUCUCUUUGAAUCCCAUCUUAGCAUGGAGGUCCUUAGGUGGAAGUAGGCCUCAGUAAUAAAGGAGAAAAUCAAGCCCUAAAGUAAUAAUUCAUUAGAGAAGUACUCAACUAAGGAAAAAUGGUGUGAAGGUAGCAAUCCCCAGGUAGCACACAUGUGUAAGUGUAGGGGAGGGAAGAGUUCUGGAAAGGGACCCAGGCUUCCACUGUAGGGAAAUUAUUACACCUUUUGUCAGGUUACAAAGAAAAGGUUCAUGUCAUAAAAGAAUGAUAUAUGAGAACAAAACAGCAGAUAUUUGUUAUCCCAUACAUAUUUUGUACAACAGACUCCAGAACACUCCCGUUUGCUUCAGUUUGUUCACAGCUGGGUUCCUCCUCAGGCAGAUUUACAAAGAGACAAAUAAAGUGCAUAUUAAUAUGUAUGCCCUUUAAAUAUUAAUUUUUUUCUAGGUAUAGAGAAGCUACUCAACACGGGGAGUUAUUUUAAAAUUAUUACAGACAUCAUAUUAAUGUGAGUUGGCACUUACAACAGUGCUUGCAAUAUCUGAUGUAAAUGUGUAUAAUAUUCUUUGAUUGUUGUUCCGUUGGUUUAGUGGGAAGGGCUGGGAGCAAUUCUUAUGUUUAAUAAACAUGUAGCCCCGAUGAUGCUUUUCAUAUUAGAAGUAUUACCAAAGAAAUUACCACUUCAAGACAUUGUUGGCUAGAAUUUCUAAGUAGUGUUAUGAAAUACACUGCGAAUAUGUAUAUCAAAUAAAAGCAACAGAAUAUACAGGGUAAUAUAGGUGCAAAUGAACAAUAUUUAAAAUAUGUAAUUUGAUACCAAAUUCUGAAAAAAUACAUUGCUGGUUAAACUGCA